CAUAGCAAGAUACAGCCAGUCUCAGAGCUAAGUACUGUGAAAUUAGCUUUGCGUUCUUGGGUUUUGGAAACAUGCAUCUGUAUAAACCUGCCUGUGCAGACAUCCCCAGCCCCAAGCUGGGUCUGCCCAAAUCCAGUGAAUCGGCUCUGAAAUGUAGACGGCACAUAGCGGUGACCAAGCCUCCACCUCAGGCAGCCUGCUGGCCGGUGAGGCCUAGUGGAGCAGCGGAACGGAAAUAUUUGGAGAAGUUUUUACGUGUCCAUGGAAUUUCAUUGCAGGAAACCACCAGAGCAGAGACGGGCAUGGCUUACAGGAAUCUUGGAAAAUCAGGACUCAGAGUUUCUUGCUUGGGUCUUGGAACAUGGGUGACAUUUGGAGGUCAAAUUUCAGAUGAGGUUGCCGAACGACUGAUGACAAUUGCCUACGAAAGUGGGGUUAAUCUCUUCGAUACUGCUGAAGUCUAUGCUGCUGGAAAGGCUGAAGUGAUUCUGGGGAGCAUCAUCAAGAAGAAAGGCUGGAGGAGGUCCAGCCUGGUCAUAACAACCAAACUCUACUGGGGUGGAAAAGCUGAAACGGAAAGAGGGCUGUCAAGAAAACAUAUUAUCGAAGGAUUGAAGGGCUCCCUCCAGAGGCUGCAGCUCGAGUAUGUGGAUGUAGUCUUUGCAAAUCGACCAGACAGUAACACCCCCAUGGAAGAAAUUGUUCGAGCCAUGACACAUGUGAUAAACCAAGGAAUGGCAAUGUACUGGGGGACCUCCCGGUGGAGUGCUAUGGAGAUCAUGGAAGCCUAUUCUGUAGCAAGGCAGUUCAAUAUGAUCCCACCGGUCUGUGAACAAGCUGAGUACCAUCUUUUUCAGAGAGAGAAAGUGGAGGUUCAGCUACCCGAGCUCUACCAUAAAAUAGGAGUUGGAGCAAUGACGUGGUCUCCACUUGCCUGUGGAAUCAUCUCAGGAAAAUAUGGAAAUGGAGUGCCUGAAAGUUCUAGGGCUUCGCUGAAGUGCUACCAGUGGCUGAAGGAAAGAAUUGUAAGUGAAGAGGGACGAAAACAGCAGAACAAACUAAAAGACCUCUCCCCAAUUGCUGAGCGCCUCGGGUGCACACUACCUCAGCUGGCUGUCGCUUGGUGCCUGAGAAAUGAGGGUGUGAGUUCCGUGCUCCUGGGAUCAUCCACUCCUGAACAACUCAUUGAAAACCUCGGUGCCAUUCAGGUUCUCCCAAAGAUGACAUCACACGUGGUAAAUGAGAUUGAUAACAUAUUGCGAAACAAGCCCUACAGCAAAAAGGACUAUAGAUCAUAAAGCAGUGCAUGAGCCAUAGGACCUGCAUGGUUAAAACUGCGGUCUACACUGGUACAGAAUGGUGUUACUAGCCAGUCUUUUGAGUCACUUAGCAGCCUGCUGCUCAACCUCUAGUAUUCCUGGAUUCUGAGGUACCUGCUGUCGCUACAACUGUGCACCUGAAUAACGAGCACAUCUGAAAACUCACAACCAAGAAAAUCCAUUCUAUUUUCUUACCUUGGACUGGAGUCACCUGUUCUUGCAUUGCUCUGUACGCCUCAUGCUUAUGCCAUAGGAAGGAUAUGAGGGGAAGACCUAGUGCCUUCAGGCACUUGGUAACUUAAAGUAGGCUGUACAGAUCUAUUUUUUCAAAUGAAUAAAAUCCACAGAUGCAAUGUGGAUUGCAUCAGAAAGAGGAGGCUACCUUCACUCAGAAGUCUUACUUGGGAGAACAAACAAUUUUACUUUUUUUUCCCAUUUUCACAUGAAGGUUAUCAAAGGUUGUCUCACUUGUCAUUAAACAAAACUAAAAUUCCUAGGUAUUUGCUUUCAUUACCUUUUAAAAAUAUUCACUGUUGCUUGGCCCCGAGAAUGACCUCGUAUUGUAAACGACCCAAAGCGUCUCUAUUAAGAUUCUAUUAACGUUCUGUCCAUUCACAUACAGAGAUAAAGGAUGAACACCCAAUCUUUAACUUGAGACAGGAUGGCUAAUUUACGAAAGGCAGGAUUACACUGCUAUGGAAGCUUAGCUUUGAAUAAAAUGUAAUGUACAUGCAACUGAAGUGUUCACUUUUGACUACAUUUUAUUAAAACCUGCUUUAUACUUCUGACUGCUUGUAGGCACAGCUUCUGCAAGUUUAAAUAUUUGAGCUUUAAAAAUAAAUACACAAAUGCUCAGUUUUGUAAGUAAACCUGUAAAAUAUCCACAAAGGCAAAUGUUUGCUGUUUAAUUAGCACUGGGAUUUUACAAUAUAAUGCUUGUUUUUGAGCAGUCAUCAUGAAAGUGAAUCAUGGACUUUGUGAAAAAUGCUAUCACUACUCAGAAUAUGCUGGGUGAAUUAACUUGCCUAGUGAAAAACAAAUGUUAAAGAAUUUCCUCAUUCUAUAAACCACAUUAUAUAUGCACUAAACUAAAUGCAUGGAAGCUCUCUGCAUGGAUUAAAGGGGCCUAGCCUUGUUGCACACAGAAGCAGAAGUCUAACCUUGCCAUUACUGGUUACCUACCCUCAUGAGUAUGUCUCUUGAGAAAAAUUGUGAGACUAUAUUGUGUGUACCUGUAAGGAAGGAAAACUUUGGGGGGUGGGAUCCUAGCUCUCUAUUUGGACACAUGAGCAUGUACAAAAUUCUAAUUUUCUGGCUAGCCAGUACCCCAUAUAGAAAUCACUUUGACGUUUAAAGAUUAUACCAUCAGCUUAAAAUGCUAUUUUCUGCCACCAUUUCCAAAUAUGUAUUUCAUGAUUAAGUUCUAAAUCUUACAGCGUUAGUGUGAAAUACCAAUGAAUUUUCUUUUUUGUUACUACUACCUGUAUUCUACUAAGGAAACAGUUGGGUUUUUGCCCAGGAGUACCAGAUUAAUGAUGGAAAUGGAUCAUCUUUCAGUUGUUCAUUGUGUAUUCAAUCCAGUGAACUACUAUAUGCAUAAAUGAGCUGAAGUUGGCUAAUUCGAACUGCAAUUUAACUUCUUUGCUUAGAGUAAUAAAAGCAUUUUGUGCACUUAA